CUCUAGCAUAUUGAACUUUCAAUAGCCUUUCCUUAAACGAUGACUAACCCAGAGCAAAUCCCGGCCAGCCAAUUCGAAUUCAUCCUCGCCUCUGCCGAAAGUCUCGAUGACGAAACCAAGAAGGCCUCUAUCUCUGGCUUCUCUAGUACUACAACGCUCGGCUAUGACUUUCUCAUCUUUGCCACUAGCUCCCGUGCGAAAGGAGAUACACCGCUCAAGGGAGUAGGGUCUACGGAAGAUAUAAAGGCUACUCUACACGACUUCCAAGCACGGGUGGUAAGCAACGCGACAAGGGAAGCUUGCAGAGCCCCGAGGAAAGUGGGCAAGAUGUCGCUCGACAUAACGUGCUAUUGGUUCUUUUCGGGCGGAUGAAUUGCAAAAUCUGGAUGGAC